AUAAUAACAGCAGGAAGAAGUCCGGCUGGGCAGCAUCAUGCCCGCUGCUGUGAUCAUGGAGGAGAACUUUGAUCAGUUAUUGGAUCAGUGUGAAGCUCAGGAGCUGGAGGCUCCAGGAGGCAUCGCAACUCCCCAGGUCUACGCUCAGAUGUUAGCGCUGUAUCUGCUGAACAAUGACAUGAACAACGCCCGCUAUCUGUGGAAGAGGAUUCCUCAGGCCAUAAAAUCAGCUAACCCUGAGCUAGCAGCUAUCUGGGCCGUCGGCCAGCGCAUUUGGCAGAGAGACUUCCCAGGGAUCUACACGACCAUCGCAGCCCACCAGUGGUCCGAGAAUAUCCUUCCUGUCAUGGAGGCCCUCAGAGCUGACAUGAUGAAGAUGAUGGCCAUCCUCCUCCUCACCAUGAUGUUGUCCACAGAGAGCAGCAGGCAGCGGGCCUACAGCCUGGUGGCGCAGGCCUACACCUCCAUCACAGCCGAAGACUUCGCUGCCUUCGUGGGCUACUCGGUGGAGGAGGCGGUGAAGGGUGUGGUGAGUCAAGGCUGGCAGGCCGACCCAGCAACCAGGAUGGUAAUGCCCAAGAAGCCAGACCCGCCCCCGGUGUCGCUGGUUCCUAACGAGCAGCAGCUGGCCCGCCUCACCGACUACGUGGCGUUCCUAGAGAACUGAAGGCUCCCCUGGUUCCGCCGGAGGAGAGGCCACCGCUCCUCCUGAUGGACUGACCUCCGGCUUCAUCCCAUGACCCCGCCCAUGCUCAGACGGCGACGAUGAUGAUUGGCUGUUUGCAGCCGCCUGAUGUGUAAAUAGCUCUGAUUAUUAUUGUUUCUGACAAACAUGGAGAGAACCCAGUCCAGUUUCCACCCGAUUUCCAGUUUUGGCUGCUGAAUAAACGUGUUUCUGUUUCUACUG